AGCGAAGCUGCCGUCCGACUUCUCCUUAGUCCUCGUCCAUGGCGUCGCCGGCCGGGCACGCGCUCGCAGUCGGAGUCGGAGUUCUCCACCGUCGCCACCUCCGCCGCCUCUGCCACCUCCGCCGCGGCCUCCUUCCCUAGAACCCUACAUCCUCUGCCGCCGUAUAAACACCUGAUCGGUCGUUGGAGCGACGAUCGGAAGCGAGGAGGGAUCUAGUUCGAGGAGAUCUUGGUGAAUUGAACGGGCGGACGAUGAGCGCCGGCGGAGGAGGUGGUGGGGGCGGGGGAGGGAAGGCGGAGGGGCAGUACUCGAUGGCGAAGACGUCGGUGUGGUGGGACAUCGAGAACUGCCAGGUCCCGAGGGCCUGCGAUCCUCAUCUGAUCGCCCAGAACAUCAGAUUGGCGCUGGAGGCCAUGGAUUAUCGCGGGGCCGUCUCCAUCUCCGCCUACGGCGACACCAGCAAGAUCUCGCAGGUCGUCCAGCAGGCGCUCUCCAGCACCGGGAUUUCCCUCAAUCACGUCCCGGCCGGUGUCAAAGAUGCAAGUGAUAAAAAAAUUCUAGUUGACAUGUUAUUCUGGGCAGUAGAUAAUCCUCCUCCUGCGAACUAUUUGCUUAUUUCUGGUGAUCGUGACUUUUCCAAUGCCCUCCAUCAAUUAAGAAUGAGGAGAUAUAAUAUUCUUCUAGCACAGCCACCAAAUGUAUCCCAAGCACUUGUAGCUGCUGCAAAGAGUGUGUGGCUCUGGAAAAAUCUUCUGGCAGGAGGGCCUCCAUUGUCAGAGUCCCCUUACCCAAGUAAUGCAUUGAAUGACAACUUAUCAGGGACAGAGACAUCAAAAAACAAUAUCCCAGAUGCUGUGCAGACAACACAGCCCAUUGAUCCUCCUGCUACUAGCUUGCACUUGGGAAGUCAAAGGAAUUGUGGAAAUGGAAAGCCUGAUAACCGUUACAAGGGGAAGCAAGUUAGAAGGAACACAACCACAAGUCAAGCAAGUAGUAACACUCCAAGAACGUCUAGCAAUGAGAAUAAGCAGCACCGAUCUGGAACUGAAGGACUCAUGAAUGGAGCACCUAAUAAUGGUAUUCCAAAAUGGACUAAGAGGCAACCAAAUCAAGCUUCCACUUCCAUGACAUCAAGUUUUGAUGUCAAGGAAGGUGCUCAGUUAAACCAUCCAGGAACUAGUUCUUUCCUACAGUCAUCACUUCAAAAGCCAUCCACUGAAUCGGGGUAUUCUCAUCAGUCGGGGACAGUUCAGGUUAAGGAGGCUCCUCAUGAGUUCUUUGGAGCUAAUAAGCCCAACACAUCAAGUGCACCCACACCAGAUUACAGUACACCCUAUCCUGAAUUCCCCAUGAACAAUGGGAAAUACUUCCCAAACAAUUAUCAAAACCAUUAUCCUAAGCCAUUAAGGCCUAGUGAUUUACUGCAUCCACAAACUAAUAUUACAUCUGGGAAUUUGUCUGUACCAAAUUCUCAAAAGCACAGCUGUUAUCCACCACCAAGCUGGACUAGCAGCCCACCCUCUACUUCACUGCAAACCUGGCCAAGUGGUUUGCCCUAUGCUUCGGGACCUUCUGGGAAUCUGCCGGAUAUUAAUAGGCUUAAUAUGUCAGAUUAUCCAAGUAGUGUUCACCAUAACACUCCAUCUUGUCAGCAAACCCCAGAACCAAGUAUGACUUGUGCAAUGGAGCGUCCUAAUGCUCCAUACCAAGGACAACCUUUCUAUCCUGACUAUACGCACAGACCUCCACCUAUACCUGCCAUGAACAACAAUGCCUCCAAUAAUGCGCACUGGGGUACCCCAGGAUGCACUGCACCACCAAUGGAGGUCCAGGAUCUCAUGGGGAACAUUCUACGUGCCUUGCAUAUACUGAAAACUGACAAAAUGGCCCCAACAGAAGUUAAUAUAGCAGAUUGCAUUCACUAUGGGGAGAUGAAUAUGCAAAAUUUUAAUGUUAAGAUGGCUCUUGACUAUGCUGUCCAGUAUCAGUUUGUUGUGAUGCACAAGUUAGGAGGUAACUUACCAUUCUAUAUCGUAAAAAAUGAUACAUUAUGGAAAUGUGUGAAUGUCAUGGAUGGUAAUGCUAAACAUCCAAAAGGUACAUGGGAUGCAGUUCAAAAGUUUCUUUCUUCAAAAAAUGGACGCUCCACUUUGAGGUCCUCACAAUGCAGGUAUCAAGCUGCAAUCAUACUUAAGCAGCAUUGCUUGAAACAGCUUGUUUUGGGUGAUAUUCUUCAGAUCUUGCAUAUUGUAAUCACUGUGAAGAAAUGGAUCGUACCUCAUUCUUCAGGUUGGCAACCUUUGUCUUUUAAUGUAUCAAUUUCAGAUACAAAUGCAGAUGGCAGUGCCUGUACCAAUCCUUGACAUUGGAUAGGUGAUGAUCUGAAGCUAGCUUUAGAGUGGAAAAACUUGAGUAGGGAUCCUUUCAUUUUCACACGGUAGAAUGUUAGAUUUAGUAAAUAUGAGGCAAAGAUAGCUUGUCCUAUAGUUGAAGUGGCAUACCGUUGAAGCAGAUUACUUCUAUAUUCCUCGGUGGUAAUUGGUGGUACAAGAGUGGAAAGACUUGGAAGGGAGGAAUGUUUUCAAAGAAAGUGGUAGCAUGAGAUCUUAUGAAGGUAAUUCUCGUGUUUACAGGGCCUGUAUUUAGGCCAUAUAGUUUGCAGGUUCAGGUGGUGUUGCUGUGUCAUAUCAAGUUUGUUCUAUUUGGGGAUGGACAAGGUACAAGAGUACCGGAAACUUCUGGUCUUGACAUGUCAAGUGGUAUCAUUGCAUAGCUGAAAGCUAUCGAAUGCCUUUGGAUAUCAUCACUCCUUGUGCUUGCUUUCUUUUGGUUCUUAUAAUAUAAUCAUUGGCAGAACAUUUGAUUAAUUGAUGUAACAGAAGGUAUACUUUGCAGCAGAGAUGUCUCCAAAGGAAGCACAUUGUUCGGCAUGCACUGCAAUGGGUUCUUGAAUUAAAACAUCCUGUGUUUACAUGUUAGUUGGAUUUACUGAAUGUAAGAAACUUCAGAUUCUCGUAUCGAGGUUGAUUUGCUGAGGUGCCCCAUCAUGGUGGUAACUGCAGCUGGGUUGUGAAACAUCAACUUUGGGAUUAGCUUUCUUCUGCUGUGUCAGGAUUUAUGUUACUUUGUUUGCGGUUUUCGUUAGAUGAUUAAGCAGCUGCAGCAUAUUUUAUAGAAAUGUCUAUGGUACUACAUUUCGGUCAUCAGCUUUACGACGCAUGCUUGUUGGAUGAGCUGCCUGGAUUUCUGUUGUUUUAAGGCAUGCAGCUGGUUGAUGGCAGAUUUGACUGAGACUUGAGGCUUUUGGUUAUCUUGGAUGCUAUUUCGUUCUUCAGAAUCUCUAUAGAUUGUUCCAUCUUUGUUGCACGACGAUGUCUGUUAUCAGUCAAAUAUUAAGGAUUUUGUAUAUAUCGUGAACUAUGUUAAGUAUGUUUUGAAUGCAAUUUAUGCUUCUGAUUCGGGUGCUUA